CCAUGACGAGGAACACGUUUCCGUUUUGGAGUCUGACGAGUGACGACCGAAGCAGCGGACGAGGUGAUUGAGGAGCACAAGGAAACGACGGCUCCCGUCCCGUUCCGUUCCCGACGACUCCCGGGAGAGACGGGGGCGAGGCCAUGGCCUCCACCACCGGCUCCGGCCAGCAGCAAUCCCCAAGCCCAGCAGCAGCAGAUGCUGACCCGGGAGCCGGGGCAGAGAAGCUCGUGUUCGAGGCGCCGCCGCAGCCCGUGAGGGAGGACUACGUCCAGAACGCCGUCAAGUUCCUCUCCCACCCCAAGGUCAAGGGCUCCCCCGUCGUCUACAGGCGGUCCUUCCUCGAGAAGAAGGGCCUCACCACCCAGGAGAUCGACGAGGCCUUCCGAAGAGUCCCUGAUCCGCAACCAAGUGCUACUACUGCUACUGCUUCACAACCACAGCAGCAGGCCAACAGCCAGAAUCAAUCCACUGGGGUGCAGACAUACGCACCAGUGCAGUCUGUGCUGCCUGGAACCGCUGGCCCUGUUGUCCUUCGUACGCAGCCCAGGUUCAGCUGGUACCAAGCAUUCCUUGCCGCAGGGCUGUUGCUUGGUUUUGGUGCUAGUGCUGCUGUCUUUAUCAAGAAACUGUUCAUUCCCAGGCUCAAGUCUUGGAUACGCAGUGUUGUAGCAGAAGGUGAUGAAAUUCAAGGCAACCAACCCAAGGCCAAGAUUGAUGAGGAAACGGCAGAGGCUGUAAAGGCUUCUGCGUCUGCUGUUUCUGCUAUUGCUAAAACAAACCAACAGCUGCUUGCUUCAAAGGAUGAAGAGAAGAAGAUACUUUCAACGUUAACACAAGCUCUAGAUUCCCAAGCCAGGGAGUUAAAAUCUUUGAGCGAGUCACUCAAUCAUAGCAGGGAAUCCAUAAACAUUACCAGGGAGGAUAGAUUUUCUCAGUACCGCCCACUGGAAGAGCAUGCCCCUCCUGCUAUAAGGAACGGGCCAGUUAACAGUUCAUGGAGAGCUUCUCAGCAAACUAACAUGUAUGGUGCAUCAAACGGUGACUUCGGCUCCGGUUGGAGGUCUUCAUUUGCGCCAGCACCUAUUGAACCUACUGCUGGGUCAUUUUCAAGAUCGUGCUUUGAGCAGACGAUGUCCACUGCACAACGUGGGGAUAGGUCUUCUGGCAGUAAGCCAUGGGAGAUGCAGCAGUAUUCACAGCAGAGGCCUGGUUAUGGAUCCAACUCUCAGUUGAGUGAUGAUGGAUCAUACACUGAUGCCCAGGACAACUAUCCUCCAUCCUAUCACCAGAAUGGAAAGGCCCCUGAUUUUCAAGCUGAUGAGCCUAGGCCUUUGACCUACAACACUGGGAUUGAGGAAAGACCGCCACCUCAGCGCCGCUGGAUGCCCCCUCAGCCUCCAGGUGUUGUCAUGCCAGAAGCAGCAGCUGCCAUACGUCAACCAAAGACUCUUCCUAAGCAGCCCUCAAGCGAUGCCUCUGAGGCAGCUGGUGAGAUGCAGGUGAACGGUGCUUCAAGUGCAUCGGCUGUUGUCACCGAGGUGCCUGUUAAUGGUGCUGGUGCAAGUGAUGCUGGACGUAGCGAGAUCGAAGAACAAUCAGUGACCAUCUAAGUAAAAGCGAGGUUUGCCAAGAACGGAGAAGCAAUCUAAGCAAGAUGCGGGUACAUCUAGGAGUCUGUUAUACAUUUCUGAAUAACAUCUGAAUCAGAACAACGGCUCAGUAGCAGAAGAUGGAUACCAGUAAUUCAAUAAGUUGCAAAUAGUUUCUAUAUUUAUGUUAAUGCUACUUUGUACACAGGAAAACAUAUCAAUAAGAUUUCAAUGGCUGUGCAUUUGGGGGUUCUUACAAAACAUGCUUGUGAAUUGUUGUCUUCA